CCCUCCUUCUUUCAUCUCUUGUACAUCCAAAUAUCCUAUCCAUCAUUUAUCUAUCUCAAAUAUGCCAAAUUAAUCAUCUUUAUCAUUCUCUUGUGAUGAGCCAACAACCACCACCACAUAUUCUCAUCCGGAAGAUUUCAAUUAUUCCGGCGGGUCUAUCACCUCAUCAUCUUACCUCACCAUGAAUCUUGCCACGUCACCCUCUUGCCACGCGCUUUCUGUUUCCCCAAUUCUUCUUCAUCGCAACAAUCAUAAUAAAAAUAAUAAUCAUUUUCAUCAUAAACUCUCUAAACCCUUUAUUAUUUCAUUCUCUCCCAAUUCUCGCUUCUUAAAGUUUUCUUCUUUAAACACCCCACCUCCCAAAUUUAAUUGGAGAUUUUCAUGCUUUAAGCAUGACGAGUCUUCAUUGGAGUAUACCGUUUCCGAUAUCUCAGAAGAUAUAUUGACAGGAGAGGUCGUUGAACCGGAAACAAAUCAACCAAAUGUGAAGCAUAGUUGGGUUUCAAAUGCCAAAAAGGCUGCGGAUGCUGUAUUUAGUGCAGAACCGUGGACAGUGCCGUGGAGAGCCAAUACCAUUUUGCUGGUAAUGCUCCUCUGGAUUUCCUCGUUUUGGUUGGUGGGAUCAUGGAUAAUACCAUUUGUAGCUCACACAGCAGGUUUCAGAAAGGAAUCCCUAUCAUAUAGAGGACAGGCAUUAUACAGCCUUUUAACAGACGUGGUGGAGGGUACAGCCGGAAUUUUAAUCCUUAAACUCUGCCUUUCUAGAUUCUGCCCCCUUUCAUCCGAUUGGUUCAAAUUCACCUUUAAAGGAAAUUGGCUUUUUGAUGUCGGUUUAGGAUGCUUCAUGUUCCCUUUAGUCAACCGACUCUCACAAGUCAACCUAAAUUUACUUCCCAUGCCGCCCCCGGCGCCUGUCACAAUGUCAACUGUUGAGCAGUCAAUUGUGGCGAGAGAUCCCAUAGCCAUGGUGCUUUAUGCUAUUGUCGUUUCCGUUUGUGCCCCUAUUUGGGAGGAAAUUGUCUUUCGAGGGUUUCUUCUUCCUUCAUUAACAAGGUACAUGCCUGUUCCGUCUGCGAUUUUGGUGAGCUCAUUAGCUUUUGCAUUGGCACAUUUUAACAUGCAGAGAUUACUGCCACUCGUGUUUCUUGGGUUCAUUAUGGGUACAGUUUUUGCACGGUCAAAAAACUUAUUUCCGUCAAUGCUGUUACACAGUCUUUGGAAUGCCUUUGUAUUUGUAGAUCUUAUGAGGUGAUAUUAUUUGUGACCCAAUGGUCACAUCUUUUCACCAUUUGUGUAAGCAUACUUUUUCUUUAUAAUUAUUGAUUCGGUUAGUUGUUCA